UCCUGGCAGCCAUAAGGUGCGCCACAGACCACAAUGUGGACAACACCACAGAGAUGCUGCAGGAAUGGCUGGCGGCUGUCGGGGACGACUACGCGGCUGUGGUCUGGAGGCCCGAGGGGGAGCCCAGACCCUACCCGGAUGAAGAGGGCCCCAAACACUGGACCCGGGAGAGGCACCAGUUUCUGAUGGAGUUGAAGCAGGAAGCUCUGACUUUUGCCAGGACCUGGGGGGCCGACUACAUCCUGUUUGCAGACACAGACAACAUCCUGACCAACGAGCGGACGCUGCGGCUGCUGGUGGAGCGCGACCUGCCGCUGGCCGCCCCCAUGCUGGACUCUCAGACCUACUAUUCCAACUUCUGGUGUGGGAUCACCCCGCAGGGCUACUAUCGCCGCACAGCUGAGUACUUCCCCACCAAGAACCGCCAGCGCCGCGGCUGCUUCCGGGUCCCCAUGGUGCACUCCACCUUCCUGCUGUCCCUGCGGGCCGAAGGGACAGCCCAGCUGGCCUUCUACCCACCGCAUCCCAACUACACGUGGCCCUUCGAUGACAUCAUCGUCUUCGCCUACGCCUGUCAGGCCGCGGGGGUCCCGGCCCAUGUGUGCAAUGACCACCGCUAUGGGUACAUGAACGUGGCUGUGAAAUCCCACCAGGGGCUGGAGGACGAGAAGGUCAACUUCAUCCACCUGUUCUUGGAGUCACUGGUGGAUGGACCCCCCAUGCAGGCUUCAGCUCAUGUCUCUCGGCCCCCAAAGAGGCCCAGUAAGAUGGGGUUCAAUGAGGUCUUUGUCAUCAGCCUGGCCCGCAGGCCGGCCCGCCGGCAGCGCAUGCUGAGUUCGCUCUGGGAGAUGGAGAUCUCCAGCCGGGUAGUGGAUGCUGUAGAUGGACGGAUGCUCAACAGCAGUGUCCUGAGGCACCUGGGCGUGGACCUGCUCCCCGGCUACCAGGACCCCUACUCCGGCCGCACGCUGACCAAGGGCGAGGUGGGCUGCUUCCUCAGCCACUACUCCAUAUGGGAGGAGGUGGCUGCAAGGGGCCUGGCCCGGGUCGUUGUGUUUGAGGAUGACGUGCGCUUUGAGAGCAACUUCAAGCGGAGGCUGGAGCGGCUGAUGGAGGAGGUGGAGGCACAGGAGCUCGCGUGGGACCUGAUCUACCUAGGCCGGAAGCAGGUGAACCCGGAGGAGGAGCUGGCCGUGGAGGGGUUACCGGGCUUGGUGGUGGCCGGGUACUCGUACUGGACCCUGGCGUAUGCCCUGAGCCUGGCCGGGGCCCGCAAGCUGCUGGCCUCGCAGCCCCUGCGCCGCAUGCUGCCUGUGGACGAGUUCCUGCCCAUCAUGUUUGACCAGCACCCCAACGAGCAGUACAAGGCACACUUCUGGCCACGAGACCUGCAGGCUUUCUCAGCCCGGCCCCUGCUUGCCGCCCCCACCCACUACGCAGGGGACGACGAAUGGCUCAGUGACACCGAGACUUCCUCCCCAUGGGACGAUGACAGUGGCCGCCUGAUCAGCUGGAGUGGCUCCCAGAAGACCCUGCGGAGCCCUGGCCCAGGCCUGGCUGGCAGCAGUGGGCACAGCCUCCGCUCCCACCCCCCGGAUGAACUCUAG